UUUAAACAGAUCUUUGCCUGCAAUAUGGAAGGAAGAAGCAACCCCAGUGGAGAAGUAAAAUAUACUACCUGUCCAGAUAAAACUGGAUCCCCUAGAAAACCAUAUAUAAAGGGAAAGAUCCAUGCACACAGUAUAAAAAUGGGAUGGAAACCAUCCAAACAUAAUGGUGGAACAUACAUUUCAAGUUACAGUUUAGAAGUCAGUGAAAAUUCAGAUGCCUUCAGAUAUAUUGACUAUUCAAACACCUACUCUUUCUCCUGCAUCUUGCUGUCCUCCACCCUUGAAUGGUAAGACAAAGUCCAGAGAAACCAAUGUCCU